AUGUCGACCGGUGUGAGUACUGGAGACCAGAACGGGCUCCGGUUUCGUGGUAAACGACCCAAGGUGUCUGGAGUGAAUAACUCAGGUGAAGAACCUCACAAUGAUCUUGGAGAUGACUCGUUUGUAUCGGGUCUUGCUCAAUUGGAGAAGAUCUUGGCACCAAUAAUCUUUACGAUUUUGUCGUUUGGCGUCCGGUUGUAUCGUAUUGGACUCAAUGCUUCGGUGGUGUGGGACGAGGCUCACUUUGGAAAGUUUGGCUCGUAUUAUUUGCGUCAUGAGUUCUACCAUGAUGUCCAUCCUCCAUUGGGUAAAAUGUUGAUUGGUUUAUCCGGCUAUCUUGCCGGCUAUAAUGGUUCAUGGGAUUUCCCAUCGGGCACAGACUACCCUGAGUACAUCGACUACACCAAAAUGCGGAUUUUCCAGGCGAUUUUCUCAUCUUUGUGUGUUCCUUUUGCAUACUACACCAUGAAGGAAAUUGGUUACUCGGUGGCUACAACUUGGCUUUUCACGUUGAUGGUAUGCUUUGAGUUGUCUUACGUGACUCUCGGAAAGUUCAUCCUUUUGGAUUCAAUGCUUUUGUUUUUCACGGUUGCUACCGUGUUUUGCUUCGUUAGAUUUGACUCGUUCAACCAAAAGACACCUUUCACUCGUAAAUGGUGGAAAUGGUUGUUGUUGACGGGUAUCUCCAUUGGAUGCACCUGUUCCGUGAAGAUGGUAGGAUUGUUUGUCACUUCUUUGGUGGGAAUUUACACUGUUGUGGACUUGUGGAACAAGUUUGGAGACAAGUCCAUUUCUUGGGGAAAAUACUCUCAACACUGGAUGGCUAGAAUUUUGGCCCUUAUUAUUGUCCCAUUUCUGAUUUUCCUCCUUUCCUUCAAGGUUCACUUUGACUUGUUAUACCGCACCGGUACUGGUGACGCCAACAUGUCAUCGUUGUUCCAAGCUAAUUUAGAAGGCUCAGACGUUGGAGGGGGCCCUCGUGAAGUCACCAUCGGACACUCCGUCGUUACUCUCAAGAAUCAGGGUUUGACUGGAGGAUUGUUACACUCUCACGUGCAGGGCUUCCCAGAGGGAUCUAAGCAACAGCAGGUUACCACAUACUCCCACAAGGACUCUAACAAUAACUGGAUCUUCCAGCAUGCAAGAGGACAGCCAAUUUAUGACUCUGAUACCUCGGAAGAAAUCGAAUAUGUCGUGGAUGGUAUGUUGGUGAGAUUAGUUCAUCCUCAAACCGGCCGCAAUUUGCACACCCACGAUGUGCCAGCUCCAAUUUCAAAGGGAGAGUACGAAGUGGCCGGAUACGGUAACCUCACCAUAGGUGACUACAAGGACAAUUGGGUUGUGGAGAUUAUGGAACAGUCGGGUAAUGAGGAUAAGCAGAGAUUGCACCCAUUGUCGUCGUCUUUCCGUCUCCGUAGUCCCGUCAUGAACUGUUAUUUGGGAGUCACUGGCAACUCACUUCCAGCUUGGGGUUUCCGUCAGGGUGAAGUUGUAUGCUACAAGAACCCAUUCAAGAAGGACACAAGCGUACUUGGUGGAACAUAG